AAAUAAAAAAUGUCGACCCUUAUGAAGAAAUCAUCAAAGGAUGUUACUGGCAAAUCCAAGUCUGAUAUAAUUCGCUGCAAAAAGCACCCUAAACACCAGCAAUCACCUGGAGUUUGCUCGCUUUGUUUAAUAGAAAAGCUCUCUAAGAUAUCAACUUCAAGCUCUUCUCGUGUUUAUAGUUCUACAAUGGAGUCUUCCUCAUCUCCUUCUUCAUUAUCGUCUUAUUAUUCCUCUUCAGAAGCUUCUUCUUGUGCCUCUCCAAUGCAUCGGUAUCGUUUCACAACUGAGGGGAAGAAUAAUAUUUCUUUGCCCACUUUGCUAUUUGGUAGCAAAAAUGUUCUAAAAAAGAGUAGAUCAUUGGUUUUUGUUCAAGGUAAAGAGGGUGAUCAGCAUGACAAGAAGAAGAAGAAAGGUGGGUUCUUGUCCAAGUUACUUCGGCCAAGAAGUAAGAAGGUGGAAGCAGGAAUUGCACAUUCUAGGACUAUAAGAGGGAUCACUGUUACCAGCUAAUUAAACCACGAAUGGUGAUCUCAUCAUGGAGUUCUCUUGUUUUUUUUUUUUUUUUGGUUUUCUUUGAUCAUUCUUUUUUAUCUUGAUAGAUUAGAAUGUAGUUAUAAAUUAAACUUGUACAACGAAGAAAGAUAAAGAGUAUGUAUGGAUAUAUAGAAUUCUACAAACAUGUAAAAAAAAGGUAUGUUUUGUGUACAAAAUAUACGUAGUGAUCUCUUGUGGGAAUAUGAAGAAGGCGUUUUCACAGUUCUUGUACCUCUCUGUUAACUUGUACCUGAGAAAAUGAAAAUGGAUCAUUUUGCUAAUACCUUCUAAGA